AUGUACAAUGAAAGUAGCAGCAAAAAAAUAAUCAAUAUGGAUCAGCCAAGGACAAUACUUAUAUAUAAUAGUGAGCCAUACGGAAGAACGGAAACAAUUGAAUUGCAAGUAUCGGAUCCGGAUAUAAUUGUUAUCGGAACUGAUGGACCUAUUCAAGCUCAAAUAGAACCAUAUUUUGAUGUAAUUAGUGGAAAAUUUACCGAAAAUUACUUGUUGGUUUUUUUCAUAUUUCUCAAACCUUUAUCACUUAUUCAUUGUAAAAUUCAAAAGAAUCAUUCGAAAACAAUUGAAGUCACUCAAAUUUUAACACCAAUGAAUUCGUCACAAAUGAUAAAACACCUUUCAAGAUGUUUUCAUGUUGAAACAAUUAGCAAUGAUGAAUUCGUUCUUGAAACAUCACAAAUAUUGGUGGAAGUGAAUCCUGAAAGUGGAUUAUUAGAAGCAAUAUAUUUGAAUAUUGCAACAAACGGUAGCAGAGAACGAUUACGGUGUAAACAGGAAUACAGUUAUUACCAUAAUACCUUAAGUGGAGCAUAUAUAAUGGCACUUCAAAAUGCAAAACUUACGAAAUUAAAAAUGAUUGACUUAGAAACUUUUAUUGUUUCGGGACCAUUACGUCAAACUGCUUAUUCGUUAUCGGAAUUUAUAAAGCAACGUCUUUCAGUUAACAACAUUUCAGGAGCAGAAGGAAGCCGCUUACACAUGCAACUUCGUGUUGAUAUACGAAAUAUGUCAAGUGUCGAAUUAAUUACUAAAUUUACAACUGAUAUGAUAGCAGAUGAUAUCAAAUUUUAUACAGAUAGUAAUGGCUUGCAAUUAAUUAAACGAGCUGAAUAUGAUACAUCUAAUCGACCAGAAAUGAAUUAUUAUCCAAUGCCAACAGCAUUGAUACUUCAAGACCGAUCAAAACGUCUUUCAGUUUUUAGCAAUAUUCCACAUGGUGUUCGAACAUUUAAUAAAAGCAAUUUUGAAAUUAUGCUUGAUCGCCGUUUAAGUGUUGAUGAUGGAAAAGGACUCGGUUUUAAUGAAGAUGGUUUACCGGUGGAUAAUUUACCGGUUAAUAUGGCAUUCACAUUUGUUACAGAAAAAAUGAUAGCAACAGAUGUUGACAAACGACAGCAGCAACAACAACAACAGCAACGCCGAUUUGCAUAUAACACGCUUAAUGCUCAUUUAGCUCUUCAAUCACUUAUUUAUCAACCAAAUAUUUUUAUCAUUUCUGGAAUUCUUGCGAAUUCACCAUUUCAUUUUCAUCAAUCAUUCCCAUGUGAUGUACAACUAUUGACAAUCCGUCCUCUAAUAUCCGAUAUAAAUCGGCGAUUAAUGAUAUUGUAUCGAGUGGGAAUUGAUUGUACUAGCUUAGAUCCUCCGAUAUGUCGCGGAAACAAACUUGAUUUAGCGUUAAAAAAAUAUAUGCAAUCAAUUGGUGUAAAAACGGUGCAAAAAACAUUAUUGAAUGGUAUCAAGCAAAUUAGCAAGGAAAUGCAUUAUCAAAUGGUGACAUUUCUCCUAAAACCAACCGAUUUUGCAACUUAUCUUAUACGUUUCAAUUAA